AAGUGGGCGCGGCUAAUAACUGUUCAUGUGGGUUCCCGCUCGUUGCGUCACGGGUCGAGCGGGUGGAUUUCAGCCAGAAUGGACACUUAUAUCAGCUGCUGGAAGCUCUAACCAGGGAGGUUCGGCCGGUUCGGAGAAUGGUCAGUUGGCAGUGAUGGUGAGGAACAGGAUGAUGACAGAGGUGCAAGUCUUCCAGCAUUCGCUCCAGGGCAACUCCAUGGCUCUGGGCCAAGUAGUGCAGUGUUGUGGGGAACAGCAGCAGCUGAAUGGGAUCCCUUCAGAGACCAGGCCGCACAUCACUCAAGUCCCUGCAGAAGUUGAGAAAAGCCAGCCUUUGAAUAUCCCUGAUGCAGCCAAACGAAAGAAGAAGAAAAGAUCAAGAGUGGCCAACAGCUCGAAUGGCACCUUUGAUGACAUCUACAAGCUGACUGAUGAAGUGCUUGGUCAAGGGGCAUUUGCCAAAGUUCAAGGAUGUAUCAGCCUGCAGAAUGGACAGGAGUAUGCUGUGAAGAUCAUAGAAAAGAGUGCGGGACACAGCCGCAGCCGGGUUUUUCGAGAGGUGGAGACGCUCUACCAGUGUCAAGGAAACAAGAACAUUCUGGAAUUAAUCGAGUUCUUUGAAGAUGACGCCUGCUUCUAUUUGGUCUUUGAAAAGUUGCGUGGAGGCUCCAUUCUUACACACAUCCAGAACCGGAAGCACUUUGAUGAGCUGGAGGCCAGCAAGGUGGUCCGCGAUAUUGCUCAAGCUCUUGACUUUCUACACACAAAGGGUAUUGCUCACAGGGACCUCAAGCUGGAGAAUGUCCUCUGUGAAUUCACUGAUAAAGUGUCUCCAGUUAAGAUCUGUGACUUUGACCUGGGAAGUGGUAUGAAGCUGAGCAGUGCUUGCACACCUAUAACGACUCCAGAACUCACUACACCAUGUGGUUCAGCAGAGUACAUGGCCCCUGAAGUAGUGGAAGUUUUCACUGAUGAGGCGUCCUUCUACGACAAACGCUGCGACUUGUGGAGCCUAGGGGUCAUUCUCUACAUCCUGUUAAGUGGCAGCCCGCCCUUCACAGGCAACUGUGGCAGUGACUGUGGAUGGGACCGAGGGGAAAGAUGCCGCACAUGCCAGAGUCACCUAUUCGAGAGCAUCCAGCAGGGCAAAUAUGAGUUCCCGGACAAGGACUGGGCUCACAUCACAGACGCAGCCAAGGAUCUUAUCAGCAAACUGCUGGUACGAGAUGCCACUCUGCGCCUCAGUGCCGCUCAGGUCCUUAAGCACCUGUGGGUGCAGGGGAAUGCACCAGAGAGAGGUCUUCCAACGCCUCAUGCCCUACAGAGGAACAGCAGCACAAAAGACCUGAGCCAGUUUGCUGCUGAAGCCAUCGCUUUCCACAGGCAGCUGUCGCAGCAUGAUGAGCAGCAACAGGAAGAAGUGGAGGGGAAGGUAUGCCCCACAAUCGUUUGUUCCAUGAGACUCUCACCUCCAUCCAACUCCAGGCUGGCUCGCAGGAGGGCGCAGUCCAACGCCCUGCGCGGCCAAAACGGCACAACCGAGCUCACGGCCUGAAAAGGAACCGCUCAACAGCCUGUUUAAUGCUCCUCCACUUCUUCGACUUUUUUUUAAAAUCCGUCCUUUGUCUCCCAAUGAGUGUGUAUGUGUUGGAUUGAAACAACCAGUCUAUUAGAAGUUUUGUAGAAAUCCUUUGUUUCUUCCUCUUUGCAUGUAGUCCUCCCAGUUACAGCAAAGUAGCACUUCCUCUUAGAAACCCCGGGGAAAUUCCAAAGAUUUUAGAAGUUUUUUUUUUUAAUUUGCUUUUAUAAAGCAUGUCUUGUGUAUGUGAAAUUGAGUUUCUCGGCAUCUCCUAAGCUACAGUGGGUUGUGAGUUUUCAUUUGUAUUUUCAGACUGUGAAGAAAGAACUUGGGUUUUUUUUUUUCGUUAUUAAACUGUUGUAUACAAAUAUUACUUUUAGUUAGUAAUACAUAUUACGAUUGUCUAAGAUUUGGUGCAACACAGUCAAGUUCAAGUCAGCUUUGCAUGAAACAUUAUUUUUCUAACUUGAUACUGCCACGUUUUAUACUUGUCUACUUAAAAACGUUCACUCGUUGAUGUGAAAGAUAAUGACACUUUAAGGAGAGAUUCUAGAGUAUAUUGUUAACAUUGAUUAAGAAAUAUAAGGGAUUCCAUAUGGUAUUAAAGGGAUUUAUUUUCAUGUAUGUGUUGUGGAUCUAUUUAGGGCCCCACCUGAUAUGUCCAUGAUAGAAGACUUUGGGUGCAUGCUCUUUGUUUGAGUCCAGUUAUGCUGUACUCGAAAUGCGUAUGAAGACCAUUUUACUUUUGUAGCACCUCCCUGCGUUUAACUCCAUAAAAAUCUUACGGGCUAAAAUCAGGAGUCACAACAGUCUUUUUAUGAUGUGCAUCAUGUAUCUCUAUCUCAUGCUUAGGGCCAUUUGUGGUGGAUUUUAUAGCUCUAGUUUAUUGCUGCUGUCCUAAAGAGCAAGUAGAACACAUUUUUGGUUUAUGACUGAGUCAAAAGGAUGCGGUUUAAAUCGCAUCGAUCAGAUACCUCGCACAUUUCUGUUGUUAAAUUGCUGGUCCUGAAUGUGCCAAGAAAAAAUAAGCUAUCCUUUACAUUGGAUAAAUUAUUUAAGGAAAUAUUUUUUUAUUGAGAGAUUAGUUUAUGUUCUGUGUAAGAAAGUAACGUGUCUGCAGGGUUGCCGUGGACACAACAUCUCUAUAGCAACGCUGAGCCGCUGCCUCAAAGGAAGAUCAGCUCAGAAAGGAGUGCUGGCUAAAUUAAAAGCUUCUUAUCUGAUGUCCUUUUUUUGUCACCAUUUACUCAAGUAGCCACAUAUGAGUAAGGUAUGCAUUUAUCCAGCCACUCUCCUUUGUGUUUCUACUACAGUUAAUGGUCUUAUGCAAAAGGUGCUAAGGAUAUUUGUCUUGGCAUAAUACUCCGAAUAAAAGAAUAUCCUUGAUAAGCUCUCU